AUGACUUUGACUAAUAAAGAAGGGAAUAAGACUUUUACUAAUGAGGGGAACAAGAUUUUUACUAAUGAAGAAGUGAAUAAGACUUUUACUACUGAAGGAGAGAAUAAGACUUUGACUAAUAAAGAAAGGAAUAAGACUUUUACUACUGAAAAAAGGAAUAAGACUUUUACUACUGAAGGAGAGAAUAAGACUUUGACUAAUAAAGAAAGGAAUAAGAUUUUUACCAAUAAAGAAAGGAAUAAGACUUUUACUAAUGAAGAUGUUAAUAAGACUUUUGCUAAUGAAGAAGGAAAUAAGACUUUUACUACUGAAGAAAGGAAUAAGACUUUUACUAAUGAAGAAGGAAAUAAGACUUUUCCUUCUGAAGAAGGGAAUAGGACUUUUACUAAUGAAGAAGAGAAUAAGACUUUUGCUAAUGAAGAAGGGAAUAAGACUUUUACUACUGAAGAAGGGAAUAAGACUUUUACUACUGAAGAAGGGAAUACGACUUUUUCUAAUGAAGAAGGGAGAAAGACUUUUACUAAAGAAGAAGUGAUUAAGACUUUUACUACUAAAGAAGAAAAUAAGACUUUUGCUAAUGAAGAAGGGAAUAAGACUUUUACUCAUGAAGAAGGGAAUAAGACUUUUACUAAUGAAGAAGUGAUUGAGACUUUUACUACUAAAGAAGAAAAUAAGACUUUUGCUAAUGAAGAAGGGAAUAAGACUUUUACUACUGAAGAAGGGAAUAAGACUUUUACUAAUGAAGAAGGGAAUUACACUUUUACUCAUGAAGAAGUGAUUAAGACUUUUACUACAAAAGAAGAGAAUAAGACUUAUGCUAAUGAAGAAGGGAAUAAGACUUUUACUACAGAAGAAAGGAAUAAGACUUUUACUAAUGAAGAAGUUAAUUAG